GCGGAUAUCCCCUGAAAAGUUUGUGUUUAUUUAGUACUCCCUCCAUUCCAAUUUACGUGUGUUACUUUCCUUUUUGGUCUGCCCCAAAAAGAGACUCUUUCUAUAUUAAGUAAGUUUUGAUUUGGGACUCCAAUUUCAAGUUUUGAUUUGAAAUCAGCGUUUGCUUAUAACAUCUGUGCAAAACUUCAAUUUCAAUUUCAAAUCAUGUUUUCAAAUCCAAUUGCUCAAUCGCUCAUUUGGUAAGAUUAUAUAAGAGUUAGGGAAGUUUUGAUAGUUUUCACAAGUUGUGGAGUAUUCAUGCAAUUAAAAAAAAAAUUACGACAUAAAAAUCCAAAUGGCUUGUCCAAAUAAAUUUUUUUAACUUCAAAUCAACCUGAUUUCAAACUACUGAUUUGAAAUCAUGUCCACACAAACCCUUAGAUCUCAGAUCUUGACCCUUUUUUGGGGGAAGGGGAUUGCCAGUAGAAGCUAGAGAGUGUAUCUUAAGGGUUUACGGAAAUACUGUAGUUUUUGCCUAAACUCUGUAUAUAUGUAUAAACUCUGUAUAUGUAUUUGAAAAAUCCACUAACUUUUAAUUCAGUUAUUACUGUAUAUUAACUCAAAAUCGCUGAAGGGACCCAUAAACUUUAAAUCUUUGAUCUACCUUUGAGGGAUAUAUGUAUUUUUUAUUGGUGUGGUUUGCUAAGUUAAUGACAAGUAGCGUUCAGCCGCCUAGCUAGGUUGGUUUAGAACUGUUUAAUAUGUGCUUAAUAGGCAAAUUUUGUGCAACUCCAACUGUUCAAUAGAUGCCAUGCCAAGAUGAGGUACCUAAGUGAAUGUGUUUGGAAGUUCAGGGCCGUCCAUUUAUUUGGCUGAAAAAUAAAAUGAAGUACUCCUAUGUCAUUUAUAUGAUACACUUUCCUUUUUAGUCCUUCGUCCAAAAAGAAUACGUGUCCUUAUUUGGCAACAAUUUAACUUUAAACUUUACCUUUUACGCUUAACGAGAUGAUUUAUAACUACACAAAUAUCUUUGGCUUGUUUUAGAUCACAAGAUUCAAAAGUCUUCCUUUAUUGCGUAAACUCCGUGCCCAGUCAAACUAUAUCACAUAAAUUGGGACGGAGGGAGUAUUGUAUAUUGAUUGUGAGCAGUUAUGGCAGAAUCCAUAUGAUGUUCCUCUAUCUUAUUGUUAAGCUUCAUAAUCUUAUGUUCUUGGUAUACCUCCUUUUGGUUAUCAAAAUAUCUGAUGUUCUUAUAAAAAGGCUGGUAUGAAAAUAGAAGAUUUUGAGAAAGGGAUAAACAAUUUUUUUCCCUUUUUAAUUUCUCCAUUAGAUAAUAACUCAACUAUGAUUAUGUUCUAUGCGAGUUGAUUUCUUAGAUGGUCACUCAAAUUAGUAGUUAUUAUAUCAGCAAGUCACUUUCUUUUGUUGAAGGAAAUUGGAAUCAAGAACAAAGGUGACUUUCUGAGAUAAUAAUUAUUAGUUGAGUGACCAUCUGAGAAAUCCACACUGUUCUUCUCAGCUAUAUAUUCGUGCCUUUCUUUGCCGCAGGAUUAUUUUUGAAGAAACGCAAAAACAAGAAGGUUUAUACAUAUUUGCUGAUAGAGAUCACAAAAACAAUGUCGAGUUCUUCCAACACCUUUUCUCUCAAGCUGAAUGUACACUGCAAAAUAUGUGGAGUGAAACUGAAAAAAUGGCUGCAAAAAAUUAAGGGGGUUCAUUCCGUGGAAAUUGAUCAAGAACUUGGGAAAGUAGUCAUCUCAGGCAUUGUAAACUCUGCAAAAAUCCUAAAAGAGCUUGAAAAGUGGGGGACAAAAGCACAACUCUGGCCAUGUGAACAAUUAAUAGUGAAUGAUCCAAUGAAUAAUUCAGACAUUGUGACGCAACUGGGGCAGCGGUCUCACAUCCCACGAUUGCAUAUUGUGGAGACGACCGUAACCACUAGGCUAACUUUUCAAGGAGAAUCAACAAGUAAUAACCCCCGGAUUGCACAAUCGGAAGUGAUUUCACAUGGUGGUGGUGGUAGUGGUCAUGGCAGUGGUGGUGGCAGUCAUGGUAGUGGUGAUGGUUAUGGUCAUGGUAGUGGUGGUGGUGGUCAUAAUAGUGGUGGUGGUUAUGGUAGUGUUGGCAGUGGUUAUGGUGGUGGUGGUGGUGGUCGUGGUGGUGGUGGUUAUGGUGGUGGUUAUGGUAGUGGCGGUCAUAGUAAUGGUGGUGGUGGUUAUGGUCAUGGUACUAGUGGUUAUGGCGGUGGUCAUUUUAGUGGUGGUGGUGGUGGUUGUUAUGGUGGUGGUCAUGGUAAUGGUGGUGGUCGUGGUCGUGGUGUUGUGGUGGUCAUGUCAUGGUAUUGA